CUUGUCUGAUAUUUGGCGCCGCCAGCCUCAACCGCCACGUGGAAACCAGUGGGGAUACGUCGGAGACCAAGAGUGAGAUCGGUUGCGCGAAUGACAGUAACGACGACUUGUUGCACUCCACAAUUCUCACUGGUCCUGGGUGUGUCCUGGGUUGUUUGGCUCCUCACUAAACAAUACAUACAUUGUCAGGCAUUCAGAUCAUCAGUGCUCCAUAUGCUCCCUUAUCCUUUUUUGCCUGGAAACGCGAGAUUGAGUUCAUAUAUGUGCGAUAUAACACAACGACUUUCGACUCGGAUCGUGAACGUUUAAAACUCUUCAUCUUGUUGUCAUUAUCUUUCAAGAGCUCAGUGCUGGGAACAGAAUUCUCUUGUGGAAGAGUUGGG